AUGUCUGGUGUCAAGCGCUACCCUCCAAAACGACUCAUUGUGUGCUGUGAUGGCACAUGGCAGGAUUCGCUCGCCGACGAGGCCCAACCGCCGUCAAAUCUCACUCGCUUUAGUAGAGCGCUGAGCCGCCUCGCCAUCGUCGAUGGCGAGGACGGCCAACAACACGAGAUCCCUCAGAUCGUCUACUACCAGAAGGGCGUGGGAACCAGUCUCGGAGACAAAUACUGGGGCGGUGUGGCCGGGCUGGGCGUCAGCGCCAAUGUGCGAGCUGCCUACGGCUUCCUGGCCGACAACUACAACGACGGCGACAAGAUCUACUUCUUUGGCUUCUCGCGCGGCGCGUACACAGCGCGCGCGGUCGCCGGGCUCGUCUCCCAAUGGGGUCUGCUGACCCCGCGCGGCAUGGACAACUUUGCGCUUGUGUAUGAUGAUUUCUACAACCACAAAAUCAUCGUCGGGGUGUGGGAUACGGUUGGGUUCCAGAAGGCGUGGCUGGGUCGAGACUCGGGCGAGAAGCUGGAGCUGCGGAAUACAAUACUGCAUGAGAAUGUGCGCUGUGCGUACCAUGCGCUGUCACUGGACGAGGAGCGCACGGCGUUUCAGCCGAUCGUGUGGCAUAUCCCGCACAAGAACGAGGGGCAGGAGAUGCUCCAGGUGUGGUUUUCCGGUGUGCAUACGGAUGUUGGCGGUGGAGACGAGAAUCCCCGGCUGUCGAACAUUACUCUGGCGUGGAUGAUCGCGCAGUGCAUGAAGCAUAAGCAGCUGAGUUUUGACAUUGAAGAGUAUCUAUUCGACGAUCCCCCGCGUGCGGAGGAGAACGAGAUGAUUCCUUGGGCGACGAGCCAGGGAAAACUCGAUCACGGCAGUAUAGUACGAACCUUGCAGGGCAAGUUGGGAGGAAGAUCGGCUCGCAGACCGAUGGGGUAUAAUCCAGCGGGCCAGGAGUCCGAUAUCACAAACGAAUUCAUUCAUGAAUCCGUCCGGGAUCGCAAUCUGGCCAAGUGGCCUUGCCCCGCGCUCAAGGGACGCCACGAUGAGAAGAGCUGGAAUCUGACGUCUGGCAAGCAGAUCUCCGAGGUUCCUGCAUUGCAGAUGGAAAGGUAUAUGAAGGGUCGCAUUCGCACUGUGCAUGUCACUGAGGAGGAUUAA